CAAUCUUUUGUAGUUCUUUGAGUUGAUUAAUUAAUAGUAGACAACCAAAGGUGUAACCUCUCUCUCAAAAAAAAUCACAUAAAUAAAAAGAAAAGAGUGACAAAAUGGAUGUAAAGAAGAAAACAUGUGUAGCAAUUGUAAUAAUACAAGCCAUAUAUACUGGGAUGUUCUUGCUUUCAAAAGUUGCCUUUGAUGUUGGAAUGAACCCUUUUGUGUUUGUAUUCUAUAGACAAGCUGCUGCUGCUGUCUUCUUAGCACCUAUAGCCAUGUUUCUUGAAAGGAAAACAGCACCACCAAUCUCAUUCUUGAUUUGCUUCAAGAUUUUCAUGCUCUCCCUAUGUGGUGUUACAUUGAGCUUGAAUAUUUAUGGAGUGGCACUUAAAUACACUUCAGCAACUUUGGCUGCUGCAACUACUAACAGCCUUCCAGUUACUACUUUUCUCCUUGCAAUUUUACUAAGGUAUGUAUUUUUUUUUAUUUAAUAUCAUCCACUCAGA